CUCAAUUUACGAGUUUCAUCCUCCCACUAAAUUAUUUUACAUGAUUGAGCUGCCUAGUGAACGUUAUAAAAUGGACCGAGUAUUUUUUAUUAUGAUUUUAAGGUUCAACGUGUUGUCCAAGAAGAAGUUACAAUCGAACACGGAAUCAUGAAAUCUAUCACAUGUACUUUGGUGUUGAGUACUUGUGUGGUUGUUUGUUUAUCUAUGCCACAAGGAUCCAAAGAUGGGGCUAUUUUUACAAACGAAGCAAUUAGGCAAGCUCAAAAUACUCAUUUGAUACCUCAGAAUGCUCAAAUACAAAAAGUUCAAGAAGGUGUAGAGUUAGCAGCUUAUGAGUCUAUUCCAGGAUCGCAAACCAUUAAUUUGUUCGAAAUUCUAGGUGAUCACGUACCUCCAGAAGUUGUCAGCAACUUGCAGACUCAAGUAGACCAAGUUGGAAAACAAUAAAUCUAAUUUUAUGUCAAAUUUUAGUUUAUAAGGAUUUUUUUAAGUCUGUAUACCUUUCAUGUGUUAUAACUUCUACAUUAGAAAUGUAAUGUUUUUAUGAAACAAGUUUCAUCCUAUCUUUUAUUUUAUUAUAAUAAUUUUAUCUAUUAUUAUAUAAUAUAACCGAAGGAGAAAGUUCAGCGAUGUCGUUUUCAACAGCAGUCCUUUCACCCACCAUUAUUUGUUUUGUUACUAAACUCUAUUUAUUUACUUUCUAUAACUUGUAUACAUUGAUAAAAAUUAUAGUUUAAAAUUUUAGUACAAAAUAUUUUGCAUAGUUAAUAAACUAAUACAACACUUUUUUUUAAA